ACCCACCAACCUCUCCCCUCCCUGCGCAGUAGAUGUCCGCAAACAACAAUGUCGAUAUCUGGAUAGCCGGAGCCUUCGCGGCCUUCACCGUCGACCUGGUCGUCUAUCCGCUCGACACGAUCAAGACCCGCUUCCAGAGCCCGGACUACGCGCGGCUGUACCGCAAUGGCAGCAACACGGCCUUCAGCCCGGCCAUGUUCCGCGGCGUAUACCAGGGCGUGGGGAGCGUGAUCAUCGCGACUUUGCCCUCCUCGGGAGCCUUCUUCACGACGUACGAGGGCGUCAAGUCCGUCAUCUCCAACCACAACCCGUCCCUCAACGGCUCGCCGUCGUCGUCGUCCAAGGGUUUCCUCCCGGCGCCGAUCGUGCACGCCAUCGCCUCGGGGACCGCCGAGCUGAUCUCCUGCGCGAUCCUCACGCCGGCCGAAGUCAUCAAGCAGAACGCGCAGGUGGUCGACAACUCCUCCUCGGACCGGGCGCGGGUGAACGCGACGAUGCAGACGCUGCGGCGCUUCCGCUCGAACCCGCUCGCGCUGUGGCGGGGCUACGCCGCGCUGGCCGGCCGCAACCUGCCCUUCACCGCGCUGCAGUUCCCCAUGUUCGAGCGGAUCAAGGAGGGCAUCAAGGGAUACCGGGACGAGAAGGGCCUGCGGACGCACUCCCUCUUCGAGAGCGGGUGGAUCACGGCGGUGAGCGCGGGCCUCGGCGGGAGCGUCGCGGCGGUGGUCACGACGCCGGUGGACGUGAUCAAGACGCGCAUCAUGCUGCCCGUCGAGAGCGCGAAGAGCGCCGUACGCAAAUCGACCCGCUCGACCAGCCUGCAGAUCGCGCGGGAGAUCCUGCAGGAGCAUGGCGUGAAGGGCCUCUUCCGCGGCGGCGCGCUUCGGGCGGCGUGGACGAUGUUGGGGAGCGGGCUGUACCUGGGCGUAUAUGAGAGCGGACGGCUGUACCUGGCGGAGCGACGAGGGGAGAAGCUCGACCCGGAAGAUCUC